AUGGGCAACCGCGAUGCUGCCCCCCCAGCCCAGGUGCGGGCUGCGGUGGCCGUGCACUGUGGGAGCGUCCCUCGGACCGGCUCCAGGCCCCACGCCCUCCCGGGUGGAAGCCGCCACCCCAGCCUGCGGGCUGAUGGGGAAGCUUCCCUCCAGCCAACGCCCGGCGUCCUGCUGGAGACGCCCCCGCAGCUCUCGCGUGGACAUGGGGACCCUGGCAGCCUCCUGCUGGACGCUCCCCCGAAGGGCUGGCCGGCCAGGAAUGGCCACCCCGGGAACUUGGGGGCCCUGUCCCAGGGGCCUCACCCUCUGCCCCUCCCUUCGCUGGAGUCAGAGGCCAGCAGUGUGGCCCGGGACACCACCCAGAUCAAGGACAAGCUCAAGAAAAGGAGGCUCUCAGAGGGCUUGGCGGCAUCUUCCCAGGCCUCUCUGGAUCCUGGGGGAGGCCCCAAAGGAGUGGCCCCAAGGAGUGGCAUCCCCCGGGCCACCGCUCAGAGGCUGCUGAGGCUGCCCAGGCCCAUGCCUCCCAUCCAGAGCACCCCCACCACCCCCGAGGCCAGCGGAGCCAAGGAGAGGGGCGUGGACCAGCCUGGGGGCAGCCAGGGGCCCCAGGAGAGGAGCCCCGGUGUCCAGGAGACGCACCCCUCCCGGCAGUACCUGCACUGCAGUGACCAGAAGAUGCACAAGCCACCGGGGGGCGUUGUGAUCCCGCCCAUCCCGAAGGUGGGGGUGCCCGCCGGGACCUCCUCCUGCACACCUGGCUCCCUUCCCAGCCUCCUGCCUCCAGGCCAGGAUGUCCUCGUGGGCCCGGGGGCCCCCCACACACGAUUGCUUCGGGAGAGUGGGCCUCGGGAGAAGACCCCUAAAUCUCUGGAGCCAACACCUUCGGCCCCGCAUGUCAAAGGCAGGUCUGCUGCCCCCGAGAAGCCUGCUCCGACUUCAUCUCCGUCUGCUCCUGCGCCGACAGCCUCCUCCUCCAGCCAUGCUGAAGAAGCCCAGCGCUUGCUAAACGAAGGGGACCCGAAGGAGAGCAGCACCAAGAUCCAGGUCACCAUCUCCAAGUCCGCCCAGGAGACAAUGCGGCUGAAGCAGCAGAAGGAGAAGGAGCUGGUCCAGAGGGCGGAGGAGCUGGGAAGGGCGAGGGAGCUCACGGCCCAGGGCCUGGGUGCCCGGGGAACCUCAAUGAAGGAAGGCCUCCUUCCCCUCCGGGGCAGGGGCACCCUGUCUGUACCCGCUGGGAUAAGCAGCCCACGCAGACACAACACCGGCGUCGUCCUGAGGAAGCGAGCCAACCGGGCCUCACUGCCCAGCAUCCCCGUCAGCAAGCAGGAGCCCUGCUUCGCCCGCCAUGCUUCAGCGAACUCGUUACCCGCGGUGCUAACUUUCGGGUCCCCUGAGUGGGAAGAAGAGGAGGAGGAGAUGGAUCUUCGGGCCUUUAAGGAGUUGAGGCCUUUCUCGAACCCGGAGCUGGGGUUGAUGGAUGCCCUCCAGUGCCUCCACAGCAGUGACUGGCACAUGAAGGAGAAGGGCCUGGUGAGCGUCCAGCGCCUGGCAGCCUGUCACCCGGAGGUCCUCGCUGGGAGGCUGCACGACGUGUCCUUGGCUGUGACUGGAGAGGUCACCAACCUCCGCUCCAAGGUGUCCCGCUUGGCCAUCAGCGUCCUGGGAGGCCUCUUCCGGGCCUUGAAGAAGAAUAUGGACCAGGAGGCGGAAGAGGUGGCCCGCUGCCUGCUGCAGAAGAUGGGCAACACCAGCGAGUUCAUCCAGAGGGCGGCCAACCGGUCCCUGGGGGCCAUGGUGGAGCAUGUGACCCCUGCCCGGUCCCUGGUGGCCCUCACCUCAGCGGGCAUCUACCACAGAAACCCCUCGGUCCGGAGAUGCACCGCCGAGCACCUGGCGGCUGUCCUGGAGCAGAUCGGCGCCGACAAGCUUCUCUCGGGCACCAGGGACAGCACCGACAUGCUGCUGCGCAACCUGGUCAGGCUGGCCCAGGACUCCAACCAGGACACCAGGUUCUAUGGCCGGAAGAUGAUGAGUAUCUUGAUGUCGAACGCCAAGUUUGAUGCAUUUCUGAAGCAGUCCCUGCCAUCCCACGACUUGCGGAAGGUCAUGGCGGCCAUUAAACAGCGGGGCUUAGAAGAGAGCGAUGAACUGCCAUCUGCCAGAGGCCUCAAGGUGUCGAGGAGUCUGGCCGUGCGUGAGAACGGGCUGCCCGGUGAGGACGGGCUCAGCUCCAAUGGCCCGAGGCUGGCGGGGCUGCGCUCUUCCAGGCGGGGUGGCUCGGAGAUGGCGGAGCAGCUGCGGGAGCUGACACGGCUGCUGGAGGCCAAGGACCACCAGUCUCGGAUGGAAGGUGUGGGGCGGCUCCUUGAGCACUGCCAGGCCAAGCCGGAGCUCAUCACCGCCAACCUGGUCCAGGUGUUCGAUGCUUUCACCCCGAGGCUUCAGGAUUCCAACAAGAAAGUGAACCAGUGGGCGCUGGAGUCCCUCACCAAGAUGAUUCCCCUCCUCGGAGAGAGCUUGCACCCCAUGCUGCUCUCCAUCAUCGUCGCCGUUGCGGACAACCUCAACUCCAAGAACUCGGGGAUUUAUGCUGCCGCUCUGUCUGCCCUGGACGCAAUGAUCGAGAGUCUGGACGACCUCGGCCUCCUGCAGACGUUUGCUGGGCGGGUGCGCUUCCUCAGUGGCCGCGCAGUGCUUGAUGUCACAGACCGCCUGUCGGAGCUGGUGGCCUCGGUGUACCCCCGGAAGCCCCAGGCCGUGGAGCGCCACGUCCUUCCGGUCCUCUGGUACUUCCUGACCAACAUGAUGGGGAGCGGGGUGCUGCCGGGGCGCGGGGGCAGCGUCCGCGCGGUGGCGUGUCGGCUGUGCCGCUGCCUCCAGCAGCACCUGGGCUCCCGGCUGCAGGACCUGGCCGCCGGGCAGCCACCGCACGUCCUCCAGACCCUCCAGGAGCUCUUGGCCACCGAGUCCCGGUGAGGCAGCCCCGGCCACCGGCGGACGGAGGGACGGC